AUGGAAGCCGCCGCCAAGAGAUUCUUCACCUCACAGUACUUUGCCGUAGUUGGGGCGAGCCAGGACAAGACCAAGUUCGGAUACAGAAUCUUGGCCUGGUACCAUGUGCACGCGUUGCCCGUGACACCUAUCAACCCGAGUCGGCCCUCGAUCUCGCUGCCCUCCAAAUCGUACAAUACUGUGCCGACGGUGUCGGCUCUUCCUCACCCGUCUCAGACUGCGCUCUCGUUCCUCACCCCGCCGGCAGUCACGAGGAAGGUCUUGGAGGAGGCAAAGACGGCCGGGGUGAAGUCCGUCUGGUUACAGCCGGGCAGCUUCGAGGACCAGGACCUGGAGUACGCCAAGGAGAACUUCGAGUCAGCCGUGGGAGGGUUUGAGGAUGGCACGGUAGGGGGAGAGGGCUGGUGUGUGUUGGUUGAUGGCGAGAAUAUGCUGAGAGCUGCGGGCAAGAAGAUCGAGAGGCAGAAAUUAUAG